GUUUCAGUUCUAUGUAAUAACAUGAUCAAAGAUUUCAGAUUUCAUUAUUUAAGUUUUAGCAGGCUACAUAAUUUGUAAAAAUUUUACGUUGUAAUUACAAUUAUUUGCUAAUUAGUGAUUCGUUUAUUCGUAUAGUCAUUUUCUUGUAUUGAAUAUGGUGUAUACUUUUAUUUAUUGUGUUAUAUGUAACAAUUGAUAUUACUAUUAUGGAUAAAUUAGACUAUAAUGAAAGUAUUGUUAGCAAGAGUGUUGAAUACUGGCAAAAUUUAUAUGAUAAAGGUGAUUUGUAGUACUGGUUAUUUGUCGGACAUUUUUACCAAUGAAGAAAUUAUAUCUACAAAUGUGACUACUAAAGAAACUAAAAUUAAGUUUUUAAAUAAGCUAAUUGCUGCUAUUCAAUCAACAACAACUAAAACAAUAUCAGCAAGACCCUCCAAAAUUGUUGCCGGACUUGAAGUAACUAAAACUUUAGAACUUCUCUUAGCAAUUGCUUCUGGAAUAGAAUUAAAGAAUAAAGAAAUUAAAGAACAAAAAUUGACUCAUACAAAACCUAAGAAAUUAGAAACCACUAAAAUUAAUAAUCAAAAUAAGAUUAAAGUGUUAGAAAAAACCAAAUCACAAGAAAAAAAUAUUAAAGAAAUAAUUGAACAUGAUUCUAAAAAAAAUAUACAAAAACCCAAUAGUGUAGAAACAUCCAUGGUUAAAAAUGAGGAAUUGGUUAGCAUAGAAUAUAAUACAACAAAUAUAUCUUCUCUUGAAAGUGCUGUUAAACCAAUCAAUGAAGAAACAAAAAAUAUUAUUAAUAUUUCUCCUGAUACUAAUGAGCAAAAUGACAGUGAAUUGCAAUCAACAAUAAAAUCCAAACCAGAAAAUCUAGAUUCAGAAUUAAAAAAAAUUAAUCAAGAAGAAAAUCAACUUCAAAAGUUGAGUGAUACACAUAAUGUAGCUAAAUCUCUAAGGCCUAAAAGCUCUAGACCCCCUGCUCCCAACCGACGUCCACAAUCUAAUACCUAUACUGAAAUUCCCAAACAUUCUGACAGUUUUUUUUCAAAAAAUAAUGAUCUUAUAAAUGAUCUUGAUGACAAUAUUGUUACAAUUGAAGUUUUGAAUGAAAAUAAACCAUCUUAUGAUUCUUAUACCCAGGGGGAUGGACAAGGUCAACUUGUAUCACAAAUACUUCAAACACAAUUGGAUUUUAAUAUAAAAAAAACAGAUUCUUCAAAAGUAGAAUGGGAUGGGAAAAAUGUAAAAGAUCAAGAAAUACUAACGAAACAAAUGGACACAAUUAGGCAAUUCAUUCAAGACAUAACAAAAUCUGCAAAUCCAUUAAGUAAACUUAUCAACAAUAUGCAAGAAAAUAUUGAUCAAAUGAAUCGAGAGUUGAUCUAUUGGACUAAUUUUACGGAAAAAAAUAAUGGAAAACUUGAUUUACAACUAAGGAUGUCUGAAGAAAAAAUUAAGCCCAUGGUUAUAUUAUUAGAAAAAAUAAAAUUUGAUAUAAAGGAUGAAUCAGAAAUUAUGGAUUAUUGUCGAGCAAACAUUAUAAAAAAUAAAUCUCAUAUUAACUAUUUGAUUUCAGAACGAUUUACAUUAAAAAAAUAAUUGGAAUACAUAUAUUUAAAGGGGCAAAAUUAAAUUUUAAUUGUUAUUAUUAUUAUUUAGUGUCUUGUAUCUAGUGCCGCAAUAACCAACUGUGUUGCAUGUGUCAAACACACUAGCCCUUCAGUUUAUAAUGGGGUUCAAUGAUAAAAAUUGAAACAUUUGUUGACAGAAAAUAAAACCAUUAGGUUAAAAUGUUGAGAUUGAACAAUAAUUUUUUUUGUACACAUUAUCUUACAUCAAUAUUUCUUUUGCGGCCCUUAUUACUGAAAUUAAAAAUAAUUUGGUUACAAUUGAUUAAAGGUAUAGCCUGCAACAUUCCAACUUGGGAAAAAGGGGCGGGGGACAUUAAUUUUAUUUACACACGAUCCCAAAUUAGUGUAGUUGCGGCACUGCUAAUCUCCAUUAACUAUAUUAUUUGUUAGUCUAUUUAUUUAAUCACUUAACUAUUUUGAUCUCACAUUGGAAAGUAAUUUUGUUUAGACUUUAUUAUUUAUUAAAAAUUUACUUAUUUAUGAGAACUUAAAUAUUUAAUUCACAAAUGAUUAUUGCUUCGAAUUACGGAGUAUUUUUUUGAAUAUUUUUAUUUUUAUCAAUAAAUGUUGUGAAAUUUUCAAUUACUAGUUCUUCUAUUGUUUUUAUACUAUUUUAAUAUGUCCAAUAAGCUUGCGCACGGGGUAGUCAAGGUAAGCACUUGACUACUCUGUAAACCUUCCCUGCCUCACCAAAAUAUUUAAUAUUAUCACAAUAACUAUAUUAUGUUCAACCACUUCGAAACUUCCAUAAACGGUAAAUACAUGUAUAAGAAUAUUAGAAAAAUAAAAUAAUUAAGUUAAAUUAAGUUACUUCA